AUGCAGCAGGAUUCAGGUGAAACUUAUUCAUUGACUGAGAGCGUAUUUGAUUAUGAGUAUGAGAAUGGUAGACGCUAUCAUGCUUACCAUGCCGGCGAAUACCCACUGCCGAAUGAUGAAAAAGAACAGGACCGUUUAGACAUGCAACAUCACCUCUACACCCUUUUAUACGACGGCGAUAUAUACCGUGCCCCAAUCUCGAAGGAUAUUAAGCACGCUCUGGAUAUUGGUUGUGGCACAGGAAUCUGGGCAAUCGAAUUUGCCGAUAAGUUCCCAAGCACUCUUGUCACAGCAACCGAUCUUUCUGCCAUACAACCCAGUUUCGUUCCGGAAAAUCUACAGUUUGAAGUUGAUGACGCUGAAGACGAUUGGCAGUUUAGUCACACUUUCGAUUACAUACACAUUGGAACUCUGGCUGGCAGUAUAAGCGACUGGCCCCGGCUGCUGAAACAAGCAUACGACAAUCUAUCGCCAGGUGGAUGGGUUGAGGUCAUUGAUUUUGAAGCGUGGGCCUCAACGGAUGAUGACAGUCUCCCACGGGAUUCGGCCUACGCUCAAUUCCAGACUCUUCUAGCUGAAGCUGCUAAAGCUUUUGGCAAGGAACUCAACUUGGCAUCUCGGUUCCGCGAGAUGGUGGAAGAUGCUGGCUUUGUUAAUGUUGUCAGUGAGCCUCGGAAAGCCCCUCUUUCUCCCUGGAUGUCGGACCCGAAACAGAAAAUCCUCGGGGAAUACAUGCGAAUAGUUAUGUCAGAUUCACUUGAGCCGUAUUGCCUGGCAUUGUUCACACGGGUACUCAAUUGGAAUAACAACAUGAUACAGGCGCAGCUGGCUGGUGUACGGCAGGACUUAAAAAAUAUGGAUUACCAUAUCCACACGACUUGCCACUGUGUCUACGGCCAAAAGCCGUUCUCGUGA